AUGCCACCUCAAAAGGGAUUUAAGAUAGCAUUUAUUCAUCCAGAUUUAGGUAUUGGAGGUGCUGAAAGGUUAGUUGUUGAUGCAGCAAUUGGGCUACAAAAUAAAGGACACGAUGUAACUAUCUACACAAGUCACUGUGAUAGGACACACUGUUUUGAAGAAAUUUCUGACGGUACAUUAAAAGUCAUUGUUCUAGGUGAUCAUUUACCAAACCAAAUUUAUGGUCGUUUUAGUAUAUUUUGUGCAACUCUAAGACAAUUAUACUUAACGUUAUCUUUAAUCACCAGCAAAUCUGUGAAUAAAUAUGAUUUAUUUAUUGUUGAUCAAUUAAGUACGUGUAUACCAUUUUUGGAAAUAUUUUCAAAGACUUUAUUUUAUUGUCAUUUUCCUGAUCAAUUAUUGGCAAGAAGGGAAAGUUUUUUAAAAAAAAUAUAUAGGUUGCCUUUCGAUUUAAUUGAACAGUUUACUACAGGAAGUGCCGACUGUAUAGUGGUUAACUCCAAUUUCACCAAGUCCAUUUUUUAUAAAACCUUUAGAUUCUUAAAGAAAGAUUCUAUUGAUGUUGACGUGAUUUACCCUUGUGUUUCGUUGGUUAAAGAUUCCUAUGACAAGAAAGACCUAGAUUUUUAUAAUGAAUAUUUAAAGAAAGGUAUUAGCGUUGAAGGAGGUGCUUUUUUGUUGAGUAUUAAUAGAUAUGAACGCAAAAAAGACAUCGAGUUGGCUAUUAAAGCCUAUGCUGCAGUUAAAAAUUCCGACAAUUUAAAACUUUACAUCUGCGGUGGGUAUGACAAUAGAGUUGAUGAAAACGUUGCAUAUUUAAAAGAAUUACAAGAAAUAGCGACUAAUUUGAAAUUAAGCUACGUCACAGUCCAUUAUGAUGAUAUGGAUAAAACCACUCUUUCAGAAUUAACUAUGAAACCUUAUAAAAUUAUCUUUUUAACCUCCAUUUCGACCUCUUUGAAAAAUAUUUUAUUAGAGAAUGCCAAAUUAUUAUUGUAUACUCCAUCCAAUGAACAUUUCGGUAUUGUCCCAUUGGAGGCUAUGAAAUAUGGAACUCCAGUUUUAGCAUGCAAUAACGGAGGUCCAUUAGAAUCCAUUGAACCUGGAACAACUGGAUGGUUGAAAGAUCCAAAUGACACUCUAGCAUGGACGGAAGCUAUAGAUGAAUGUUUAUCAAUGGGUGAUGGUGAGUACAAAGCAAAGUUCCAGAAAAAUGGGCCAAUUCGGGUGAAAAAAUUAUUUAGUAGGGAUUCCAUGACUGAAUCUUUCGAAAGAAACAUUGAAAAGUUUAUAUAUGAACCUAAAAGAGAUAUGACCACGUUUGGUUUUUAUCUAUUUGCAUUAAUAAAUUUCAUUGUUUUUAUUGUCGUUCAAGCUAUUUGUGAAGGUGUUAAUAAAUAUUUUAUUUAUGGGUUCAUGUCUGUUUUCAAUUUAUUUUUCUUGAGGCAUAUUGUUUGGUCUGCUUAUUGGAUAUUGUUUGGUGGCUUAGUUUAUUUUAGAGGUCAUAUAGAGGAUUAA